AUGGACUUUUCACUUUUUCCUCUCUAUAGUAUUACUCUUUCUCUUUUGUCUCUUACUUUAUCAUAUGAUCCUCUCGUUUCUCCCUAUAUUCCAGUUCAUCCAUUACGUGGAAGUGCCAUUGACAUUCAUCCAAAUGCUUAUUGGGAACAAAAUGGUAUUACAGUAGCUGGAGGAAAAGGAAGUGGCGAUGGAACCGAUCAACUCAACAAUCCAUGGGGUUUGUUUGUGGAUGAUGAACAAACAAUCUAUGUUGCUGAUCCCAACAAUCAUCGUAUUAUGGAAUGGAAAAGCGGUGUGACGAGUGGUCAAGUGGUUGCCGGUGGAAAUGGACAAGGAAGUGGAGAUCAUCAAUUGUCUUUUCCAUAUGAUGUGAUUGUCGACAAAGAGACAGAUAGUUUUAUCAUAUGCGAUGGUUGGAAUAACAGAGUCGUUCGAUGGCCUCGUCGAAAUGGAACAAGUGGAGAAACAAUCAUCUCCAACAUCUCUUGUGUGGUUUUGACAAUGGACGAAAAUGGAUCUCUCUAUGUCGUUGACAAAGAAAAACAUGAAGUGAGACGAUAUCGAAGAGGAGAAUCGAAAGGAACAGUGGUUGCAGGUGGCAAUGGACCUGGAAAUAGUACAGAUCAACUCAAUGAGCCAACAUACGUAUUCGUCGAUCGAGAUUAUUCAGUGUAUGUAUGUGAUUGGAACAAUCAUCGUAUGAUGAAAUGGUUGAAAGAUGCAACACAAGGCAUUAUUGUGGCUGGUGGUCAAGGACGAGGCAAUAAUCAUACACAAUUUUCAUAUCCUCGAGGAGCUGUUGCCGAUCAAUUAGGUACUGUCUAUGUGGUUGAUGCAGGAAAUGAUCGAAUCAUGCGUUGGCCCAAAGAAGCCACACAAGGAAGUGUCAUUGUUGGUGGAAACGGUCAAGGAGGAAAAUCGAAUCAACUCAAUUGGCCCUUUAGUUUGUCAUUCGAUCGAUACGGCAAUCUCUAUGUCGUCGAUCGCUAUAAUAAUCGAGUACAAAAAUUUAACAUUGCCUCAAAUGCUUAA